CGUCGUUUACUGGUGCGUUGCCAUGGUUACGCGUUGAGAAACAUCAUUCUGAAGCCCGAAAGACAGACAGUUGUUCUCCGUCAUCGACCAAAAAUUGGAGAAAGAGAUGGAGCAUAAUAAGGACACCAAGAACCUAAAGCCUCGAAACACACACUCAUUUCUGUCGUUUCCUACAUUAAGAAUCUGUGGUCAACUUGCUUCCUGGACUGGAAAUCCUGUACCUGAGCAGGGAGAAGUGGGAGUCCGAGCCAUUCUAGUCUUUGACACGUUGACUGGAGAAAUAGCCACAUCCCAAAUAGAAAUGCAAAAUGAAGGCAAUACAUCCAUCUUCUACAGCUGGCAGCAGUGCACUGUGCACCAGAGCUUUAGUACUCUUAAAAAACCACAAUCAAACAAGCCACUCUUCUACUUCAACUCCUCCUCUGGUGUAAUUCUUCCUGGAGAAAAGAAACUUGUGGAAUUUUCAUUCAAAUCAGAGAAGCCAGGGAUCCAAUCUGAAGUGUGGCAGCUAAAGACUCAGCCUGUGCUGCUUCAGGGAGCCUCCAUCCAGGUUAUGCUUAAAGGCAUAGCUCUGUCCCCUGAUACAAAUGCAGAUCGAAGGCAUUUAUUACAGACCAAACUAGAAAAGAGGGUUUAUAUGAAAAUGUGUGAGUCAAUUGUGUGCGAGAUGGUGCGUAACGUCCACACUCCUGAAAGACCUGGGUCUCCUGCAGAGUUUUUCAUCACUGAAGAGCAAAGAUUUACCAACAGAAACAGCAAGCUUAAUUACCUUCUCCAGCCAGUGGAGGAACUGAAAGCACUGUGGCAAAAAGUGAACCCAGAGCAAAUGUGGGAUUUUUCUGUGGACACGCUUCACCAGGUUUUACUUUCCCUAUCUGAAGAGUCUUCACAAGAGACCAGAGGUCUGGUGCUGGAGGAGAGCUUGGCCCGUUUUAACUUUCUUCUUUUGAAGCUUUCUGAACCCAACUCACUGAAACACCAGUAUACUACAGCAGCAGAUUUAGGGCGGCAACUCUGGAUUGGUCUGCUGGACAGGAUGACAGAUGAGGCUAUUCGGCUCAAACACCUUCUGAACGUAACAGAAAGAGAAACAUGGAUCGAUUCUUUACACACUUGUGAAACCGAUUUGCCUGAAGAAAUGAACAGAGGUGAAAAAGUGAGUUACAAUCGUGAAGGAGUAGAUGAGAAAAUAUCAAGGAGUGAGUCAAAAUCCAGUGAUAAGGAUGAAAACAAAGGAGACUCCAAAUCAUCAACAAGUGAAAGAUUGAUACAGAUAUCCACCAAGAAAGGCAAAAGAAGAAGUGAAGCUGUAAAGCACACCAAGGAAAAGCAGACAACAAUGACUGAUGAUUCAAAAGUAAUAAAUCAGCAAAUUCAUGAUGACAAAAUUUUGGAAAUUAGGAUUUACAGGAAACUCCUGUAUCAAAGGGUGUAUGCUUUAAUGGAGGACCUUGUGGACACCAUGUGUGAUCUGUUGACUGACCAAGAUAAGGACAUCGUCGGAGAACCCAAUAGGAACUGGAGCCUUACAGCAUGUAAUCAGCCAAGUGUAAUGUUUUGAAAUAUUGGUGGUGAAACUUUUUUCAGGAAAUUAUUAUAUUUUAUUUUUAUGUUCAAAUUGUAAAGUCCUUUGAAGUGUUUUGUAAAUGAAAGUGACACAGAUAAAAUGGACAUGACUUGACCAAAACAAACGAACAUACAAAAAAACAAACAAACAAACAAAAAAAAAAACCCAGAGGAGAUUCUCAACACACCAUCUAUAAUACUGUGUGCAAACUACUUCUUUAGCAGUAAUCAGGAAGCCGUGUACUAUCUGCAGUCAUGUUUCUUUUACGGUAUUAAUUUGUUUACGUUGCGUGUGAUGAUUACAUACCGAUCUGUGGAUCCCUCAGGUCGAACAACUUCAUGAACCACUGACAGCCCCUCUGGUUGUCUGUGGAAAACAUGAUGAUGUUGCUGCUGAAAUCCAAGCUGUGUGUUCUGACGGCAGAAGGAACACGGAGCAAAAAUUAAACUCCAACAUAUAAAACACUUUACAGGAAAUUAUAAAAAAUAAAUUUAUGUACAUAUAUUGUAUAUUUAUUUUAUAUACUUGUUCACACGAGACACAUAUGCUAGCGUAAAUUGCACUAACGGUCUCGACCGAACGAUUACAAUUUCAAACAAAAUACAACCGACAAUUGUUUUCGAAAACCCGCCAUUUUAAUCAAUCAGACGUAGCCACAGUGCCCAGGUUUUUGACUAGAACGCCCACUGGAAGCCCAAAUCUCUAACACACUCUCAUGCGCCGGACCGGCAACCGGAAAUAAGGACCGUACAACGUUUUCCUAUUUCCGUUAUACAAACGUUCUAAUGUCAGCGCGCCCCCUACAGUUGACUGCCGACAUUCACUUUUUUGAGUUGGUUUAGUCUCUUAAAACUUUUUAUUUGACAGAAAGAGCGAAAGUGAAUAAUUUACGCUAAAAACUCCAAAAAACAACAUAUUUGAUAAUGUCAAAAUAUCACCUAAAACAAGCAAGACUACAUUCUUACUAUCGUGAAAAAAAUCCAAAAACUAAAAACUACCAGAAUUGCCUUUAAAUUCAAAAAAACGUUUUCCUAAAAAUAGUUAUAUAAUGCUCUAAUUUGAUUAAAUUCAUGCAGAAAAAAUAUAAAAUUUUGAUUAUAUACUGUAUAUAUUUAUAUAUAUAAAUAAAUGCUUUACAAGUUAGAUGUACUGGUAGCAUUUUAUUGUAGGACACAACUGCAAGCUGAAAUGUAUUCAAAUUCCAUUUCCACCUACUGUGUUAUUGGGUGGAUGUACCUCAUAAUACAUUUAGGGUAAAAUAGUGGAUGUAAAUAUAAAUGCCAGUUGCUGAAAAAACCUUUGGGAAACAAAAGAACAUUCAUUGAUCUCAAGCACAGAGCAGUGAUUGUAAUGGUUGUAAUUUGGCACAACUGAGCAGUCAAACACUUCAUUUGACUUUGUCAAGCAGGGAAACAGAAACUGCAAUGGGAGAAAAAUAAAACAGACAA